CUCACGUUGGUCCCGCCACGAGGGAUUUUAGUUGUCAGUCAAAAGCCACAGUGUUCGGAGCGUUUGUGAUUUUCAUUUCUCGUUGAUUCGCGAGGGCGAUCGACGUUUCUUUACAUUGGAAAAGGAGAAGAAAAAAAUUAAAUAAAACCUAAGAGUGUCCAACUGGCACUCGGCCAAUUAAAUUAUACGAAGCGUAUAUAAAAAUCCGUCCCGGUGAGCGGAGAAGCGCAUGUUCAGCGUUCCAAGUGCAGUGGGUGCAUCGUGCAUCACCAGUUGUGUCAUGGGAGUGUCGAGGACUAGUUCGUGACUGAGAAACAAGCUCAGGACAUCAUCCUGUAGUGGAUAUUUAUUUUUAUAAUCGAAAAAAAAAGAAGAAAAAAUACUCAUUCUUUCUGGAUAUUUCUUUCUUUUAAGAAGAGAAGAGAGGCAUCUCUUUUUUUGGAUUUAGGGGUGUUUUUUUUAUUAUUUUUAUUUAUUUUUUUUUUUUCAAAGAAAAUUUGGCGGCAGAUGCGACAUUCAUGUGCCUGACAGAGGACGACGACGACGAUUAGAUCACCAUGGACCAGCGGAUUCUUCAGAAAUUCAUAAUGAGUCUUGUGGUAAUCACAACAUUAACGUCGUCGAUGUCGUUGGAUCGACGUGGAAGGCACAUUGCCACUGCGGCAGAAUCUAGUCAAUGGACCAAUUCCACUAAGCAACAGAAAGUUUCCAUUUCUACUGAUCGGAGAGCAGCAACAGUUACAGGAAGAAGAUUCUCUCAAGUGCCAGUGGAUGAUCAGAUAACAGCCAAGCGUGACAAAGACGACACAUUAUGGGACGACGGUAUACUCAUGUCCUCCGCAGGAAAUGGCAAAGAAAGAAAAUCAACAGCUGACGAUGAUGACGAGAAGAAGACAUUAUCGCAACAAGUAAAAGAGGGCAAAUAUGGAUUGAUCCAAAGUGAGCUCUAUCCUCACGAGCCAAAACGGCCCGGAAUUAUUAGCUACCUUCCCAAUUCGGAGGUUCCCAAAGACACCAUCAAGAAUCUCGGAGGUCUUGAUAAAGACGAGAUUUGGAUGGCGGAAAAUCAUAUUCUCGUUCUGCGUGGCGGGAACUUUCCCAAAGAUGACCCGGCGUCUAGAAAUUCGGAGACACCAUGGCCACCAAUUGACGACUAUGAGGCACCCAGAAGACAGGUUAAGAUUCCAAAAGAUCCCAAGGUUCCGCCACCAUUCCCGAUUCAACUCUCAGACGGCGGAUCGAUUCAGAUCAUCGGCAACAACGGAAAUGGAUCCCGAGACAAUGGUACGAUGGACUACGAAUACCUAGGUGGAUCCAAAGGCUAUCUACCCGGAGAAGGUCCUUUCUUCUCAGUUCCCAUGGGUGAUUCCCUCGCAUCUCCAGAUAUCAUCAAAUCUGUUAAUGAUUCGGGAGGAACGACUUCCGAGAAGAAAGGCAAAUCAGAACCGCCAUUUGAUGUUCUUGGUCCGUUCUUUCCUGCACUUCCUCCAGGAGCGGUUUUUGUCCCGCCUCCCUCAAACAUGUCAGACUAUGAUGAAGACGAUCAGUCGAUUUUCUAUCCACCACCUUACAGUUUCGUGUUCCCGCAAGACAACACAACUGCAAUUCCACCAGGUCCUCUUGUUCCCGGCAUCAUACUACCUCCACCGCCAGAUUUUUUCUCCUCAUUGGACGAGAAGAAGAAGAGCAAACCGAGUCGACUUACUACCCCGGCAUCAAAGUCUCGAACUUCUUAUUUUACGUCAAGAAAAACAGGCACCAAACUCUACAAGACUACAACCACUCCAACUUCUCAAUCACCUAUAAAAAUUGGUACUUUGCCAGUCACCAGUAAACCUACCGGCAAAAUAAAACUCAAGAGUGUAACAACUAAACCUUUCUUCCUGGAAGUUACGACUCCAAUGAUUGAAACUAGUUCUCAAAUCGAGAAAUCGAAACCCUCAUUCGAAAAUACAAAAUCUUUCGAUAAUCCAAAAUCCACAUUUGAGAACACAAUAGAAAGAACGGAGAAAAAUCCAUGGGCAUCGGUAAUCAGUAAAAGUGUUCCUCUAACCUACUACGCAACAACGAUUCCCUCUUCUGUGGAUCAGCCAGUCGAGGCAACUCCCGCUUCGAUAAAAUCCAUCAUUACCACUAAACACACUGGCAGAGUUCCUAGCAAGGCGUCUUAUUACUUCUACGAAGAAGCAACGGAAGAACCUUCAACAAUGAAACCACCAAUGUAUCGAACGACAACUGUCCUUCCCUUCUUGAAAAGCGAAACUCCGGAGCAGGAACGCAAAAAUUAUUACAAAGUAGAAAUGUUACCCGCACGACAAACUACAACGGAUAUUAGUGUCAAACUAAUUGAUUCUAUCCUCAAAGACCCUCAGGUUUUUCAAUACACAGAAGCAGACCAGCCAAACGAAAAAGAAAAUCUAUCUCCUAAUUCUGGACCGAUUUUCUUCGAAAGUGUUCCCGGAAGGUCCCUCGACCUAAACACAUACUACACAACUAUGAAACCCAAAAGUUCUCUUGAUAUGAAUUCAUACUACACGACACCGAAACCAAAGACUGCUUUGGAUAUGAAUUCUUACUACACGACACCGAAACCCAAGAAUUAUUAUCGCGAGGAGUUAAGUAAAUCCGAACGUAAGCCAAAGCCGAUUUAUCAGUACAGUUUCGAGGCCGCCGGUUACUCGAAACGUGAUAAACAGAAACAGGAUUUGGCCUCCUAUAACGAGUUCCAAGACAUUCAAUCCGUAAGCGAUCAAUACGAUUACGAUGGUUCCCUACCUGAACAACAGAUCCGUACCGAAAGAAUUCCAUCGGAUAGAGCUCCAGUGGAAAGGAUUCCUCUGGACACAAGUUCCUUAAACUUCCAAGGAUUUAAUCCUCCAAAUACAAUUCCAACAGACCGCAAUCCGGCAGAUCGCAAUCCAUUGGAUAGGAUUCCUCUCGAGAGAAUUCCAUCGCACAGAAUUCCCUACAAAACGCAAUCCCUUUACCAGACGACCGUUUCUCCUUUCAGUGAUUCAACAAUGGAUCCCCAUCAGUCUUAUUUCACCAAACAGGAUGAGCAACUCUUGGACGAUGUGACGAAAGAAUAUUUCACCGCAUUUGGAAAAAAACUAACCAGCCGAGGACAGAGCACAACACCCAUUUACGGAAAGUCGAGCACUGUUACCGAAAAGCCAAAAUACAGCACCUUCGUUCCAAAUCACUACGACUUCCGUCAGCUGAAAACUAAAGUAAAAGUCCACUACGGUGACCAAUCGCAAGGACCAUUUUCACUUAAAGGCGACACUCUCGUUAAUUACAAGCAUCAGUUGCCAAUAAAUCCCGACAGUGAACCAAUAGAAAAACCCGUGUCCCUAAAAAAUGAUAUUCUGGUGAAUUACCGAAAUCCCCUACCUCCCAUCAAUCCGGACAGUGAAUUUAUUUCACAAUCCGUUCCGCGGGAAUUUCAAGACUUUAUCCCGGUUGAGAAUCAAGUCAGAGGAUACAGACCGCAGGGAAUAAGGGCUCAACCAAGUUUCACUCCAAUUAGAAACUAUGGUGACCAAAGAUUACAAAGAGUCCGCAACGAAGGUGGAUUUGUACCCAUUACAAAUUGGAAUAAAUAUCCGCGACCCGUUUCUCUGCAGGGCGACAUUGCGGUGAAUUAUCGAAAUCCACGUCCCCCAAUAAAUCCCGAUGCUGAGUUUAUUACACCUGUUCAGAAUUCCGAGCCUGUCAAAGCAAAUUCUUACGUUGAGUAUAGUUUGCCAGGAGGUCAAGUCUACUUUUUUCCACCACAGGCCAAUCCAGCCAGACAGGAGGACAGGGAGAGUGUUUUUGCGAAACCAAGAACGUCGAGGUUCCUGCGACGAAGACGCGGUCCCGGUACUAACGUUUAGAAAAGUUUACACGGAAAAAAAUUUCAUGAAAAGGGAAUUUCUUUUGCUCUAGUCAAACUAAAUACAGUGAAGCAUGAAAUUCUGUUGGAUAAGAAUAAGAAAUUUGUUGCAAUUAGCGUAAUUCUUAUUCGGAGUCGAAGUCAAUUGACAAAAAUUAAAAUUUAACUCUAAUUCGUUGAGAAAAUGUUUAAUUGUACUAUUUUUUCAUUUAGCGAUUUCAAUUUUUUCUAAUCUAAGCAAAAGAUAAAUUAAGAACAUUGUAUUUGUUUUAAAAGAGUAAAAUCGAAAUUGCCAGAACGAUUUCUUUCCUUAAACCGAAAAUAAUAGGCGUUAACCCGAUGUAAUAUGGGUUUUGACUAAAUUUUCAUUUCCAAAUGAAUUGAAGAACAAAAUUUAGAAUUCGAUUUCCAAAUUAAUCAGAUUUCAAAUUUAUCGAAAUUCGAUUGACAAAUAAAUUAGAAUUAUUAUUCUUCUAAUUAUUAGAUUAAAACCUUUCAUUAAAUUGUAAAUUUUUUCCAAUUCCUUAUUAUAUACGAAACUUGUCACUACUGAGGGUUGACAAUAUUAAAAUCAAAUUGCCAUAAUUGUAAACAGAAUUACAAAAACGUAGGUCGCUUCUAUAAGAGGAACUGAAGAAAAACGGAAAACAAAAAAAUUAAAAAAUAUUGAAAAAGAGAAUUGUUGAAAAAAAAGAAAAACAAAAGCAACGUUAAAAAACGCAAAUAUUUUCUAUAAUUUAAUUAAAUAUUUUGUAACUCUAAUUUUUUCUUUCUUUCAAAUUAACCUGCUAAUUUAAUGUUCAGAAAUUCAAUAUUUCUUUUAACGUUGCUAAAUUUAUCAACAAAAACAACAAAAAAAAGAGAAAAAAAGAAGGAAUAUAUUUUUCAGGUUUGUCCCGAAAAAGAAGAAGCGGCCUUACGCUUCGAGUAUAUUUACUCACUUAGUAAGUACGAGUAGAAUAUUUAUUGCUUGUAAAUACAGCCGUUUAAGUUAACUGUAUGUUUUUUUUUACACACAACUAGUGUACGAUUGCGUGAUUAACGCCUUAAUUUAUGCGACAUAACUUUUUUUUUCUCAAAUGGACACACAAAUGAUGCAUUAUCGUCAGCGGUAAUAAUGACGUAACGCACAAUUGUGAUUGACUCUCCCGUCUGUGAUUAAUCAUCGAAGAUGUACAUAUACGUAUACGAAACGGCGGUUCGAAAAAAAGAAAAUAAUUAAAUACAAAAAUCAAUCGAAUAACAUCAACGAUUGUUAAAUUUCAUGAUUUCCUCUAUUUCGCCGGACAUGAAAAAUGAAAAAAAAAAAAAAAUGUCUUCCGUCAAACUUGUACUGUCAUAAGUUUACAAAAAAUAAAACUCCUGAUAUUUUAUCAGCAUGGAGCCUUAGUCUUAGAUAAUUAAGAAAACAGUAUUAAAAAAAAAAAAACAAAGAAUUGAGACGAAAAUCAGGAAUGGAUAAAAAAAAUAACUGGAAUUUUUUUUCUGUAAAAUCGAAAUUUUUUUCUAAAUGUAAAUCAAAAUCAAAUAAUUAAUUUUUUAAUUUGAAAUUUUUAAUCAAAUCAAAAUUUCCAUCUUCAAAGUCAAAAUUUACAUUGCAAAAUUGAAAUAUGCUUUACGUGGGAGGAAAAAAUGUAAACGAGUUUCUUUUGGAAAACUUUUUUUGGGUUUCGCGCCGAAAUAUUAUUUAAAGUCUGGAGACAUUAAUUAUGCUUGCGCGACUUUUAUAAUCUUGAUUAUUAAAAAUCGUCACCGUUAAAAUUAUAUAUAUAUAUAUAUAAUAGUAUUGUAGAUGCGGCUAAACUUCAUUAUAUUAUAUAAGAGCGAAACAUUCACUGACAUGUGUUAACUUUUUAAUUUUUAUGAAAAUGUAUUAAGAAAUAAAAAUAAAUUAAAUAUUGAAAAUAA